CACACCUUACCUCAUCUUGCAGAAGAAGCUCAUGGUCCACUAUCUGCUGCUCCAGAGUCAAGGCCAGGUCCCGCCCCAUGUCACCACGGAGCACAUGAGCAACUGGCUGGUGUCUCAGGGCAAAAAAUCCCUUAGGGAGAGGGUGUGGAAGGAAACCCUGCAGGAAGGAAACAACCUCGCUCGGCUGGCCUGGGAAGUAAACACUUGCCUAAAAAUGAUGAACAUAGAGCAUGAGGCUUUCUGCAAGCUCCGCCGCUCCAUGCACCCCACCUCGCCAGCUGACAUCGAUCCUAAGGUCCACAGCAUCGUGGAAAGAGCUGUGAGGAGCAUUCUGGGCGAGCAGUCCAAUGAGCCCCAUAGCAACCUGCUCAGCCCAUCUCAGGUGGUGGUGGAGGUGGUGCCCAGGCUCCUCCUGGCCCUGUGGCUUCAGCCAGAGGAAGGCCAUUCAGAGCACCCAAUCCUAAUAAGCGGGAUGGCCGUGGGCAUGGUGGCGGCCGUAGUGGAGAAGCUAUCCUGCAUGUUAAAGGACCCUUCCCCUCACAUCCCUUUCUCCCGGGCUGCUGCUUUUGACUCUGUGCAGUCGAUCCUCGGGAGAAUCAGUCAGUCCUUCUCCACCGAUGACCUGCAGAGCCCUUUUUAUAUGAGCUCUGUCUGUGCCUUUGUGGCGGACGAGGUGCAGAGCUGCUUCCAGCCCCCUGCAGACACCCUACCAGUCCCCCCUGUCCUCGCGGUGGCUGUUUCCACCACACUACCAGCUGACAUCCAAGCAGACCCAGCUUCUUCCCACCUGGAGGUUGUGGACAUCACCCCUAACAGAGAGGCAGAUCAGGAUUCUUCCCACCUGGAGGUUGUGGACAUCACCCCUAACACAGAGGCAGAUCCGGCUUCUUUCCACCUGAAUGUUGAAGACAUCACCAGUAACACGGAGGCAGAUCCGCCUUCUUUCCACCUGAAUGUUGUGGACAUCACCUCUAACACAGAGGCAGACCCGGCUUCUUCCCACCUGAAUGUGGUGGACAUCACCUCUAACACAGAGGCAGACCCGGCUUCUUCCCACCUGAAUGUGGUGGACAUCACCUCUAACACAGAGGCAGACCCGGCUUCUUCCCACCUGAAUGUUGUGGACAUCACCUCUAACACAGAGGCAGACCCGGCUUCUUCCCACCUGAAUGUUGUGGACAUCACCUCUAACACAGAGGCAGACCCGGCUUCUUCCCACCUGAAUGUGGUGGACAUCACCCCUAAUACAGAGGCAGAGCCCAUCUCUUCCCUCUUGGAGGUUGUGGACAUCACACCUGAAGAAAGGACUCUCACAAUGGCCGUCUCCGCCACUCUGCCAGCUGACAUCCAAGCAGGGGAUGUUGCUGUGGUCAUCUCGGAUGUCACCCCACACGUCACCAAGGACGUGACACUGGAUGUUCCAUGCAGAGCUAGGAAAGGGGCAGUCCGGCGAUUAUUUUGCAGGCUUUGGAGGGCAGUGUGCUGCUGCGCCUGCCACAAGGAAGAGGAAGAACAAUAUUAAUUAUUCAUCAGACCUUCAGAAAUGGGAUUGAACCAUAGACCAUUCAAUUAUAAAAUUAUAAUUGGACUCAAUUCUGCUUUUCUUCUGUUUACUACUUAAUUUCAGAACUUUCCUAUAAACUUUCACUUUGCAAGUGUGGAGUAGGUUGUGUAAAUAAGUGGGAAACAUCCCAAUUUUAAUGCUUUUAAUAAUUUACUUGUACAUUUAAAAACAAAUGUAUUAUUUGACAACAAAAAAACAGAAGGGCGCUCAACCAAUGUUGAGUUGAAGUGCAACCAAAAAUUUGAAUCAUCAUAGAAAAGGAAAUAGCGCAACUCUUGCUCACUAUAAAAAAAAUGCAUUGUUUUAUUCAGGCAAGGUUAAAAGUUUAACGUUUCGGCCUAGUCUAUGAUGAUAUGCAAGUUGUGUUUGCCCAGGAAAAGGGUGACCCAGACUCACCCUGGUUCUUGAGGGUUGAAGACAGUGAAAAAUGAUCAUUAAAUAAAUGGGACUUGUCAAUUCUUGAAUAAAAAUCUUCAAUGAACAUGAAUUUAAAUACAAUUGACUUGAGGAUCAGAGCAGGCAGGCUGACUGGCGAGCCCUGAAGGCCCUCUGCCUCUACCUCUGUGUGGUUCAUCUCAUCCAAGAGGUUGUGUGGGUUGUCUUUCUCUGUUGGUGUGAAUCACUAUGACCUCUCCCUCUACCUGCCAUUUGGCUGAUCAGAAGCAUUCUGCUCUUUCUUGCUCACAUGAACAGGAGGAAUGGCCUCUG